AUGGAACAAGACUUGGAAAACUUAAGAAUUGAAAAUGAUGAUGAGUUUGCUGGAAUAGAGGAGCUGACAAAGGAGGAGCUUAUAGAUACCAUCAAGGAUAUCCGAGAGGAGUACUUCGUACUCAAGGACAAGUAUAGAAAGAAUAAGGAUUUGUUGGUUGACCGCAAAGCCGAGAUUGAUUUCCAGAGGAAGUUGUUGUCAGAGCGUGAGGACCUCCUGCUACAACUCCAAUGGGACCCAAGCCAAGACAACAGUUACCUGACCCAGAUUGGUGCCGAGAAUGCCGACCAGGCCAACGAGCUCAAGGUCAAGCAAAUGCUAGACCAGAUGAGAAUCAUGGAGAAGGGAAUAUUCGAUAGAGAUGAGAAGAUUGCCAGUCUACAAAAGAUGGUAGAGACCUUAACUCUUAACCAGAUCAACGGAGCCAACCUCCCAUCACAUACCGGCGGAAUUGAGAUGGUCAACUUGUCCAGUAACUCCAACAACACUACACCAACAGUGACUCCCCUGAUGCCAACAGUCAGCAGGAGUAUCUCUGAUUAUCCAUUGGCCUACAAGCCCAAGGAGACUGUUGAUGUCUCACUUCCAUCUAUUGAGGCACCAGCUCUCUCCAGACAGCCAUCCUUCUGGCAAUCACCAACACAGUUCAUCUCGUACUGGGUUGGAUGGGGAGAGGGAGAGGAGAAUGAGGACGAAUCAAACAACACCGAAGAAGUACCAACCAUCAUCACUGAAGACACCGUUCCAGAAUUAACAACUGGAAAUUCAUCAUCAUAA